AUGGGCCCCCGUACCGCCUCCUCAUGCUGCUGCCAGGCCCGUAAUCUGCCAUGGGCCCCCGUACCGACUCCUCAUGCUGCUGCCAGGCCCCGUAAUCUGUCAUGGCCCCUGUACCGCCUCCUCAUGCUGCUGCCAGGUCCAGAGUGUGUCAUGGGUCCCUGUACGGCCUCCCAUUGCUGCUGUCUCCAUCGCCACACUCUGCCAUGUGCCACUUUCAGGUCUCCUCACACUGCUGGUGGGUUCCAUUUUGUCAUAGGGUGCUGUAUGGCCUCCCAUUGCUGCUGCCUCCACCGCCACACUGUGGCUCCACACUCUGGUUUUGGCCCCGUGACUGCCCAAAUGAGUGAAGUGUGCGGUGAUUCUAAGAUCGACGGCACUCAUUUCUGC